CGCGCCGCAGCCGUAGAGCGCAUGCGCCAGACUCGGCUCGCCGCUGCCGCUGCUGCUGAGGGUUUGGGAGGCGGUUGCCAUGGAGCCGGCCUGGCGUCAGCAGGGCCGGGGCCGAGGCCGGAGCCAGGAGGGUCACGGUGAAAGGUCACGACCUCCGCAGAAGGAGAGAGAGAGACCUGGAGCUGCUGCAGGAGCGUGGGCGGCGGGACGAGGAGCGAGGACGAAGACCGCCACAGCUCCUGGACCUGAGCCUCCACAGGGUGUGUCCGUCCAGUCCAAGUUCGAGGAGAUCAGGAAGUCCAACCAGGCCGCUGCUCAGCGCCUGGUGGAGAGCCGCAUCAGCUCCUCCUCCCUCUGACGAAGACGACGACGGAGACGUCGACCACAAGGAAGGAAAGACAGGGAAGAUCCUGGAGUCCACCUUCACCACCUACACCGACCAGACAGGUGGUGACUCCACAGGUCUGGUCCGGACCGGUCAGUACGUCAGUGACCUGUUUCAGUCCGGAGCUCUCACCUGUCUGAUCUGCAUCGCCUCCGUCAAGAGGACACAGGCGGUGAGACGCAGCGUCAGGACUGAAGCUGAUGAUGAG